UAAACUUUUCAAUACUGGCAUAUUAUAAAAAAGUAAUUGCGCGCGUUCGAAUACUGGCACGCUGAAAAAGAAAUAAAUUUUGAAUAUAGAAGAAACAAGAUUUGACAGAUUUGACAAAUUUGACGGAAAAUUGUUUUUCGGCGCAUUUUCAAAAACACACAGAUCUUUUGGAUGAUUUUGUAAAUUUUUGAGUAUUGAUAAAAAUAUUGGUAAACAAAAUAAAAUAAGGUAAAAUCUGAAAAGCCCAACAUCUCCGGUUUCACGUAAAUCAAAGAAAAUGGGGUACAGAUAUGCCGACAAUGGUUCCCCUGACCAACCCGACGCGGAUUCGGAAGAAAAGGAUCGAAAAAAGAAAACUUUGAAGAGGAUAAAGAGUCGAGAGUUGCGCGGCGGAAUCAUGUACUACAGCUGCACUUGUAUCAAGCGAAACGGUAUGCAGCACGACUGCCGUCGCACCGGGUGUCAGGGGGAGCCGCCGUGCCUUGUGCUGCCGGACCCGGUAUGCGCCAAUAGCCAGCUCGCGAGGCUCCGAGGCCUGGCCGGACCGCUCUCAGUCAGACGCGAAACUCACAAGGAUGUUGGAGCCAAAAAAACUAUAACUGUGGACCUCUCGAAGACUAACAAGGAGGAACUGAAGAAUAUUACUUGCUGUUGCAGCUUGAUAAAGACAUUGAAGAAGGCUGCAGAAUGUUGAAAAUAUAAGACGAAACACUUGGUCCUAAUUUAAAAAUAAGGAAAUAAUACUUAAGUGUAAUAACAUGUAAAAGUUCCUUAUUAAAAUGAUAUAGCAAUUACGCAGUCAAGCAUAAUCAACAAUGAUGGUUUAUAACAUUUUUGGCUAAAUAAUUUCAAAGUGAUUUAUACAAAUAAAAGUUCCUAUUAUUCUGGACAGAA